UCACUUAGUUAACAACACUAGCUACAUCGAGAAAACCUAUAAAUUUCAGUGCAAAUACUACAACAACUGCAACUACAAGUCAUUUUGACCCUCUUUUGUGCUACAAGGAUCUAUACAACAGCUGAUAAUAUGCCGAAGGACCAAGUUGCACCUGUUAUCAGUCGUUUGGAGGAAUUCGAGCAGAAUAUGCCAGGCUAUCUCAACUCAAACUACAAGCUGGCUAUUCUGAUGGACUUCGAUGGCACCUUGGCACCUCUUGUGAAUAAUCCCGCCAACUCGAAAAUGUCCGUGGAAUUGGAGAAAAUACUCCGCAAGUUGGCAAACCAUCCACAAAUAUUUCUGUCUAUUAUUUCGGGACGGGGUCUAAAGGAUGUGCAGACGCACGUGAAUAUUGAUGGUGUGACUUAUGCUGGCAAUCAUGGACUGGAAAUUGAGUAUCCAGAUGGUUCACGUCACGACUUCGAGUUGCCUGCAAGCGUCAAGAAGAACUAUACGGCCAUGGUGAAGGAACUGAAGCAGAAGUUGGAGAAAAAUGGCGCCUGGGUGGAGGAUAAGCGUGUCUCGGUCACCUAUCAUUAUCAGGGGACGCCAGAUGAGCUGAAGGAUGAGCAAAGGCAGCUGGCGGUGCAGAUUUGUCAACGUCACGGUUUCCGGGCCAAUCAAGCACAUGAGGCCAUCGAGGCAAAGCCACCAGUUAACUGGAAUAAAGGCGAGGCAGCUCUCUACAUCCUGAAGAACCAAUUUGGCGACAACUGGUCGGAGGAGGUUCGUGUGGUCUUCGCAGGUGAUGAUACCACCGAUGAGGAUGUCAUGCGGGUACUCAAGGGUUUGGGUCGCUCCUUCCGCAUUGCAUCCGAUGCACAGGUUCAAACAUUUGCGGAUUUCCGUUUGCCCGAACAGAAUGUGAUGACCGAUCUGCUCAGGUGGAUAGCUCGCGUCUAUGUCUAGACAUUCUAAUUAAUUUUUAACUUAGUGAAUAUAUAAUGAAAUGUAGAAAUUUAAUAAAGAUAGCUUUAUUUCCGAGCAAUUGGUCAGCCAGAAAUAUCGUUAUCCACUUUAUAAAUAAUAUAUGAAAACCAAUCAAUGGAAUUUCACUGAAAACGCCAAAAGAA